AUGGCUAUAAUCUCUGAAACUUCCGACGACGGCUCUCACGGUGGCGUACCAAACAAGAAACCCGAAGAACUCCACAAGAACCCUAAAGAAGACGAUCAUCAAGAAGAAGAAGUAGAGAAUCAUCCUCCGAUUCCUCGACAAAUCCCACAAGCACUCAUCAGAAGAACCGUCGCACUCAUCAAGAGAUGUCAUUACCCGUCGCUAUCUCUCCUCUCUAAAGCCUUUCGUAUCGUAAUCUCUUCGCCGGAACUCCACCAAACACGCUCGAGCCUAAACCUAACCGAACCGGUUCUUUACGCUUUGAUCGGAUUCCCUCCUCAUAGUUUCCCGAACUGGUUCAUUCUCAACCACAACAUUACAAGAAACAUCCCAUUACGAUUGAGCGCUAUCGGUUCACUUCCUCCUAUGAAUCCUGGCUCUGCUGUGGUCACAAUCGGCUACAAGAUGUAUGUGAUCGGUGGACUGAUAGGGCCAAAUAACCCUGUAAAGACUGUGUUUGUCAUCGACUGUAGAGUCCAUACGUGUAACUAUCUCCCAACUAUGCAUAGGGCUCGUUACCGUGCAGUCGCAGAAGUAAUCAACGGAAAGAUUUAUGUCAUCGGAGGUUGCGAGAAGCGGUACGACGAUUGGAUCGAAGUGUUCGAUGUAGUGACUGGAAUUUGGAGUACUGUCCCUGAUCGAUCCCAUUUCAUGUCUAGUUUGCCAGGAGGAGGGUUUGUGACAUCUGUGGUGAUGCAAAACAAGAUUUACAUUUUGGAUGCUACGUGUGGUUUGGUUUAUGAUCCCAUUGAUGGUACAUGGGAGUCAGGGGAGCUUGGAACUACGUUGAAGUCUUACUGGUACAAGCCGUGUUGUGUGAUUGAGGAUUUGUUGUAUAGUUUUGAUCCAUACUGUCUUCAAGGUUCUCCGAUAAAUGUGUAUGAUCCAAAUGUCAUGGUUUGGACUCCUAUGAUGGGUACGGGUAUACGUGCUUUUCCUGAUCUCGAUUACUUUGAGUGUAAAAUGGCGAAUUUUGGUGGGAAGUUGAUGGUUUUUGGUGCUACUUAUAACAACCCGGUUACAGAUACUUGGUGCAUAGAGAUGGCGUUGAUAAAAGGUGAAACAGGUCCGAUUUUGGGGAUGAUCGAUUCAAUGGUGCCUGUGCUUAGAUCCGUGUACUCGCCUUACAUUGAUCUUUGUCGCUCUGUUACAUUUUGAUGAUCUGUGGGAUGGUGUUUCAGGUCAAGGAUCUUUUAUUACAUCUACUGUUUUGAGCAGCUUAUUGAUUUCAGAGCAAAUAUGAAGAAGAAAAAGUGUGUUCAGAAGCUGUUAUAUCUGACACCUUUAUAGAGUAACUCGUCUUUCUUAACCUUUGUGCAAAAAUGUGAAUACUCUUAACAGAACUGGCCUUGUGUUUGUGUAGAGUUGGCCACUCUUUUGUACUAAUAUUCUUACGAGACUUGUUGAAAUGCAUCUUUGGUUUAGCUA